AUGGCUACAGUUACCGUCCCAUUAAGUUCGUUAGCCAAGCUAAUUGAAGAAUCAGAAGGUAGUCAAUUCCGUUCUAUUCUGCAAACUUUGAGAUCUCCCACCUAUGUUAACCAAUCUUUGUUGAAAUCUGACAUUGGUGUAUUCGUUGCCAAACUGUUGAAACUUUUAAGAUCUAGCGAACCAUACCAGAUUUGGAAAGGAUGCCACGCCGUAGCAGUAUUAUGUUCGAAUAAUCCUGUUGUAUUGUGUUCACAGGCAAACCAAUUUUUGACCGUUUUAUAUACGAGACUGGAAUCAUUUAUUAAUUUCUAUGUUGAAACAUCUCAGUCAGCAGCUCGUUUGACAACUCUAAAGACUCUGACCAGAACUGUGGAUAUCUUAAUGGAUCUAAUCAGAGGCAAACCAACAUUGACUAGAGAAGCUUUGACACCAAAACUUAAUGCUGUCAUUCCGUUAUUGAUGACUUUGUGUCAAUACGAACCGGAGUUAUGUCUUCCAAUUUUGAAAAAGCUCUUGCUGCAGAAUACCACGACAUUCAAGCCAUUUGCUAACAAGUACCGUGUUAUUUUAAAUAGGUUGAUCACUAAAGAUUUCCAAUUGUAUGACAGAACCACUCAAAGGUUAAUCUGUGAUAAUUUUGCAUAUUUACAUUUGAUAAAGCAGAAUGCCCAAAAAUUGGAAGAAAAUCAAGAACAUCAUAAAACCUUAAUGGAUGAAAAUUGGAGAUCUAGUAUCCUUUCCGUCUUGUAUCAAUUCAAGCCUUUGAUUUUGCUAUGUGGUGAUAUUUUGGACUUCUCUGUAGAUUCUGAGAUGUUAAAUUUUAUUGAUUCAUUGCCAACUCCAAAGAAAGAUACGGGAGAAAUUAAGGACGAACUAUUUGCUCCAUUAUCUGUUGAUAUGAAUGAAUCCUUCAGUUUAUGGGAAAUAUCUUAUCGGGUCGAAGUUCUUUCACAGUUGCUAAUUUCCUUUAUUUCAUUGCCAACCUCAUUCCCUUUAAGAAUCCCGUUACAUGGUAUAAUUGACAUCUGCCAAGCGUUACUGAUGUUGAGCACAAACUAUCUACCAUUGAAAAGAGGUCUACGUCGUGAAACAGAACUCACUGCUGUUAUUAUUACCGUUUUGCGUAGUCUACAAUAUCAAGGUAUCGUGGUACUUAAAUCUAUAUCCAGGUGCUACGGAAAAGAUAUUCUGUACUAUUAUUCCUCCAUUCUAUCGUCUUUGGAACUAUUUAUUCCAAUUAAGGCAAGGGGAAAUGCCAUAGAUUAUGAGAAGGUCGAGUCAAUGAAAGAGCAAGUUUUCGAUUUAUUAUCUUUAAUCAACACUUUAGCUGGCCAUCUUGGACACAAGAUAGAUGAAUUAGAUCUAUUCACCAAAUUAACGGACAUAACUUUACGUUUGGUUGAGGAAAAAUCUAAUUUGGGCAAGUUCUACACCACCGUAAAUGAUGCAAAGUCAAUUAAACAGACCACUAAACAAAAGAAAGAUUACAACAAAAUGGCCGGGGCAAUGUCCGAUAUUUACUCUCACCCUAAGCAGUUCGUCAAUAAGACAGAACUAAGAUGGUAUGAUGAGGCUAACAAAUUUUUGUCAUUAGUAGUUCAAAAUUGGAAGCUACCAUCAACUCAGCAAGUCAAUAUAAUCAAAUACGCUACCGUAAUGUCCAUUACCUUAAACGAACAAAUUGGAAACAUACCAGAAUCCUUCGAAGAGCUUCUAACUACGAUAGUUUUGUAUCCUGGGUCCGAAAGACUCUCAAUCUUGCCAAUUGCGGUCGGAUUAUUGAAGAACAUGGACAACAAAGUAUUCGACGUGUUGUGCAACCCAAGAUUGCCAUUUUCCUGUCUGCUAAAUCCAGGGUCUUCUUCCAUCAGAAAGGACAUCAGAAAUGCAUUGAAAAUGCCCAAUGGAGACAGUGACGAGACGGAAGAAACAAUUGUUACUGGACAACAAGAUGUCCUUGACCAAUCGGAUGCUAACGGAAUUGUAACUGCAAAUGACAUUGAGCGGGAUCGUGAUGGCCCAGAGAAUUCUAUUGAAAAACCUCUAUCUGCAUUAACAUCAAUCGUUUCUGAUGAAUCCCAAAUUUUCAGGAAACGUGCUGUCGAAGAAUCGGAAUCAGAAGAGGAAGAGACUAAACGUCAAAGACCUGAUUCUGCGGAAGAAACCGAGAAUAAUGGGGAAACUGUGGUAAUUCCAAAUGUUCCAACCCAGGUUCUUCAAACCGUUGAAACUACUGAAACCGCACAGCAGCCAGAUUCUGAUUCAGACUCAGAAAUCGAAAUUCCAACCAUCAACGUCAGUGAUAACGAUGACGAUGACGACGAAGAGUGA